GGAGGAGGAGGAGGAGGUGAUGGUCGAUGAUGAUGAAAGAAGAGAAAGAGGAACGUAUUCUCGAACGAAGUACCCAUAUAUUAAAAGAGAAAAGGACGCGAGCAGUAAGGUGGAAACAAUGAGAGAUAGCACGAUUGAAAAAAAAACGACAAGAACCCUUACAUUUGUUCCUCGGUUAUUCGAAUUACCGAUGCGUAUUUAUAUCCGUCCAUUGUAGUUCGAGUAAAACACGAAGUUUUUACUUCUCGAAAAGACCGAAAUUCCCGCAGUUUCGAAGAAUUCGAAAGGUCGUCACAGGUACCGAUGUUUCUUGUCGAUAAAAAGAAUCAUAGCACCCUUGUGUAUGGCGCGCGUGGGAAUUUUCCGUGACGACGCCGAGUAAACGAGUUUUCUUUCGUAAGGCACGAACCGUCGUUAACUCAAUGUGAAGACGAAAGAAAAUAAAGAGCGAGAAGGAAAGAAAAGACAUCAUGAGAAAAGUCAAUUGAGGAUUCGUUGCAGUAAUAAUUUCUACUUUUCCGUGCAAGAAAAGAGGAAAGUAGAAAAAUCAAGUGGUAAUCAAAGAGAACGACGCCAUCGCCUAGAUGUAGCCGUGGAGAACGCAAAGUUCGCCGAUUCGAUCCUCUCUUGUCUCACGAAGACUACUAAGACGAGGAGAAGGGGACGGCAUAAUGGUGUGAAGGUACGAAGAAGAGUCGAGAAGACAGAAGUGGAAGAAGAAGAGGAAGAGGAAGAAGAGGAAGAAAAAGGGGUGUCUAACAAGACGAUGACGUCUAGACAAAGCAAAGACCCUGUGCAGAAGUGCCAUUCGGACCCGGGUGCCGGAAGUACCCCCGGCACUUCUUAUAGCCCUACUAAGCGAAUUUCUCGCAAACAAGUGCCCGGCAUUCCGAGUUCCGCCAAUACGCGAAAGUGUGUCCUCACUUUGGAUGGCUACAACUACGUGAUCGUCGCAUCUCCGCCGGAUAGAAGGGUCACGAGAGACGAUAUGGGGGUGGCCUCGCAUGAUACAGCUGCGAACACGGCUACCGGCUGUUCAAGUGGUACAACCCCACCUCGCCCGCACAAUCCUUCCUCCCCUGGUCGAAAUGGUCAGCUAUCGAAGCAAGGCACGCUGACGAUAGUACGACGCAGUUCGGGCAAAAGCAAAAGCGUCGGUGGUGGCAGUUUCGAGAGUUCCCCGCCAUCACAUAAUCCUGACAGGUUUUUGUCGAGUCAGUCCGUGGAUCUCGACGAGAUCCUCGAUAAUGUUGAUCUCACGACAGAUUCACUACCCGCCGUUGACACCCCCGACGCCUGCGACAAAGCUGCUCUCAGACUUCGAUGUCUGUUAAAGCAGCUACAACAUGGCGAAAUAUCCGCCGAAUUGCUCCAACGAAAUUUACAUUAUGCGGCGCGUGUACUUGAAACAGUCUUCAUCGACGAGACAAAGGUGAGUUCAGGCGGGAAUGAGUGCUCUCGGUCAUCACGUAGGGGUGCGGGCCUGACUUCUACAUCCCUGGGGGGCAGCAUGGACCCGGAUGGACCACAGAGCCACGCGGUGGUAACCCAGAAAAGGAAGCUUCGCACCCCUGUGUGGGAAAGAGAUGCCGACCAUACGGAAUCAACUGCUACUUGCCGACAAGGUGUACGCCGUAGACGAUUGGCUGAUGAAGAUGACGAAUUGUCCGAAGUACAACCGGACGCGGUACCACCCGAAGUUCGAGAAUGGUUGGCGUCGACCUUCACCAGACAACUUGCCACGACAAGGCGGAAGGCGGAUGAGAAACCCAAAUUUCGAUCUGUGGCCCACGCCAUUAGAGCUGGGAUUUUCGUUGAUCGGAUUUAUAGGAGAGUCACCAAUACCGCUCUCAUGCAAUUUCCACCAGAUGUGGUUAAAGUACUUAAGACGUUGGACGACUGGUCUUUCGACGUGUUUUCAUUGAACGAAGCUGCACUCGGAGCUCCUGUUAAAUACAUAGGCUACGACCUACUGAAUCGGUACGGUAUGUUACACAAGUUUAAAGUGCCACCUGCGGUUCUGGAAUGCUUCCUAGGAAGAAUUGAAGAAGGAUAUUGCAGACAUCGAAAUCCAUAUCACAAUAAUCUUCACGCUGCGGACGUAGCUCAAACUAUGCAUUAUAUUUUGUGCCAAACGGGGCUAAUGAAUUGGCUGACCGAUCUAGAAAUAUUCUCGUCACUCGUAGCGGCGAUUAUUCACGACUACGAGCACACUGGGACCACAAACAAUUUCCACGUAAUGUCAGGCAGUGAUACGGCACUUCUCUAUAAUGACCGCGCUGUGUUAGAAAAUCACCAUAUAUCAGCGAGUUUCAGAAUAUUAAGGGAAGACGAGUGUAAUAUUCUUCAAAAUUUGUCGCGAGAAGAAUUCCGAGAAUUUCGUUCACUCGUGAUCGACAUGGUCUUGGCAACCGAUAUGAGCUUUCAUUUUCAACAGUUAAAAAAUAUGAAAAAUCUACUAAGCUUGGCAGAACCAAGCGUCGAUAAGAGCAAAGCCGUCAGUCUAGUGCUCCAUUGCUGCGAUAUCUCUCAUCCUGCGAAAAGAUGGGAUCUCCAUCAUAGGUGGACGAUGCAACUGUUGGAAGAAUUUUUCAGGCAAGGUGACAAAGAGAGAGAUCUUGGCUUGCCAUUUUCACCUUUGUGCGAUCGUAAUAAUACUUUGGUAGCGGAAUCUCAAAUUGGUUUUAUAGAAUUUAUUGUUGAGCCAAGUAUGCAAGUUUGCAGCGAUAUGUUGGAGACGGUUCUUGGACCGUUGAACGUUAAAGAAAGUGUAGAUGAGUCAGCUAACGGUUCGACAACAGAGAGUAACAGGUUUAAAAUAGGGAAACCAUGGAUACAGUGUCUCAUAGAAAACAAACAAAUCUGGAAGGAACAAGCGGUUCGAGAUGCAGAGCUUAGAGCACAAAAAGAAGCGGAACAAAAUUCCAAUGCGGAAAAGGAAGGGGAGAAUGUUCAAACGACGGCGGAAGAAUGAAGUGUCGUCAGAUCGACGAUCGAAACUUACUUCGAAUAUCUAUGCGAUUUUAGGCUACAAGAAACUCGUCUUUAUUCCCGAACUCAUUUUAUUAUCUUAAACUUUUUCCCUCGUAUAUUAUAUUUAAUAAGGAAUUUACUGCGAACGUAGAUAUAAAAUUAUCUAUGGUAUUUACGAUGCGUUUGUUUUGGGACGAUUAUCCGUUAUAUACUUAGACGUCAUUUUCGUGCAACGACUAUCUUCUUAAAUACUUCCACAUCAUAUAUAUAUAUAUAUAUAUAUAUAUAUAUAUAUAUACAUAAUUUCAAGGAAACAUUUUUAUCAAAAAGUAGAUAAAGAAUUCGAUUUUCUUUUUCCGUGAUAGUUCUUCGUCCAACUUUCUACUUACUUUUUUCGUCUUUUUCCUUUUUGUCUUUUUUUUUUGUCCAAAAUCUUUCGUACUUUUACUUAACAUCAUGUUAAAGUCAUAAUACGAUAUAGAGCGUAGCCUAAAACGAAUAGAUGAAAGACAUAUUUUUCAUAAAAAAAAAAAAGAGAGGGAAGAAUCGAUUAAACAUUAUCAAUCCAUUAUCAAUGAGCUUUGCAAACUAUUUCUGCAUUAUGAACGUUUUCUAUUCGUAUUUAUCUUUUUUUUUAUAUAACUAGUAUGUAAAAAUGCAUAAUGCAUUUUUAACAGAUUCUAAUGUCACGGAUAAUGUCCCACUUUCAACGAAUUCUAUAUAACAGAACUGGCAAAACGCAAUCCAAACGCAUCGAUUAAUAACUUCAUUUCAAGUUGGUACAUAAAUUAGAAAGUAAGCGGAUAGAGGAGAGACGGAUAAUGAGGAAAAAAAAAAGUUAAAUCAAAAGAUUAAACUCAUCGAAUUCGAAAUAUCUAUAUGAGUUUUUUUUUUGUCUCGACAGUAUAUUAUCGUCUCUUUUUUCUUUCGUAGUAAGCACGAACGAUAUUCAUAUUAAUCGACAUUAUUCAGGAUCCUUGUAAAUAUAUGCCUGACGAGACGCACAUUAACUUAUUUUUAUACUUUCACAUUAUCCCGCGAAAAAAGUUACAGAAAUUCUAGUCGAAUGUACGUACGAAAAGUAUUGAGUAAUUGAACGAAAAGAUAUUUAUGAGAUUGUUCCCAAGAAAUGUUUAUAGAUUUGCUUUUUCGAUUAUCGCACAAGCUGAAUUAUUCCCUUUGAAAAAAUUUUUUCGUUAAAAGGUGGAAAUAGACGCGUAAGAAGGAAAAUCCGUCCCUCGGAAAGCUCGAACGAGAAACGGAUUUAACGGAUUUUACGGAAAAUCUUGCGAAAGGAAAGUACUUGUAUUAUUUUUUUUUCUUUUUCUCUCUCUCUCCUUCUCUCUCUCUCUCUCUCUCUCUCUCUCUCUCUCUCUCUCUCUCUUUCUCUCUCGACGAUCGAACGUUCGGGGCUCUUGCGAUUUUCCAUGCAAAGCCUUCAACGAGUAGAAUCUCGAAAGUAUGAUAAUUAUUGACAUACACAAAUAUAUAUCUCUGUAUAUACUCACGUUAGAUAUGUACACGUAUGUAUAUCUAUUCGUGAACACGUUGAGGUACAGCUUUAAUCGAUGUAUAUUUAAUGUAAAAGAGAAAUUAGUGUCGUUAGUGUUUAUUUAAACGUUUGUGCUAUAUGUAUAUGUCAAAUAUAUGUGUUGGAUUUGCGAGCGUGUUCACGACGUUGCGUUAGAGCGCAAGCUUGAUCACUUGUCCGGGAUUCUUUAGAAGAAAAACAAAGUUACGUAGUGUCGUGUUUGUUUGGCAACUGGUAGCAAUGUAAUUAUGCAAUGCGAGCUCACGUAACCGCUAUUAUUUUUUUGCGGUAACGAUCGUCAUAAAAUAAUCUCUGAUUGCGAUCUUUUGCGAGUAUUCACUGUAUAUAGACGUAGACAAUGUUGUUCUAUCGAAUAUUUUUGAGGAAGAGAGGGAGAAAAAGGAGGACCAAGCUACGAACAAACGUAUCUUUUUACGUACCUGUCGUCGUAGUGCACUUACACGCUCAGUACCUAGCAAAUUUAAAAUUGAGAAGUCAAAAGGAAAGAGAAGACUCGAAAGUGAUGUUAGUAGUAAUUUUCAAUAACGUCGAGUGUAUGUGUGUCUUCUGUACGAGUAUAUAGCACUUCGUAGUUGAAACACGUUAAAAUAUAUCCGUCCUUUAUUUUUGUUGCUAUUUUUCUCCAUUCGAUCGUUAGUUAGUUUCAUUCGACGUUUUUACAAGUAGGAAGGUGCAAAGGUGAGAAAUUUACGAUGUACGUAUACAAGCGUUGUGUUUUUCUCUCUUGAAACGAGGAGCGUACGAGGAUGGUAGAAACGUUCUGUAAAUAGAGCCAUUAGUGCGAUAUUUUAUUUAUUUUUAAUCGCCGGCUAUUUGUGUGUGUGUGUGUGUUUUUUUUUUUUUAUAAAUUAAUGUUGCAUAUUAAAUCUCGUACGAUCGAUCGCUUACACUCCUCACCAUCCUGCUCCAUUCUUUCGUCGAUUUUCAUUUUCGUUGAUUAAACCCAAGCGAAAGUGAUACGCUCUCUCUCUCUCAGAAUGAUUUUAUUAUAUUACGUGUGUGCCCGUGCGUAUAGAAUUGUGUACUAGUUUAUUAUUAACAAAGGGAAAAGAAAAGAAAAAAGAAAAAAAAAGAAAAAAAAAAGAAAAAAAAAGAAAGGAGAGUAAAAAUUGCAAAAGUAUCUAGUCGAAACGGCAAAAUACAUUUGACGAGGUAAAGUUAAAUGUGAAAAUAAAAAUACAUAAAAUUACAUAAAAAUAGAAAGAAGAAAUGUUUACAAAUUAAAUCUUCCGAGGAGCAACAAGUAAGAAAUACGAAUUAAGUAUCCUCCCAGAGGCGGAUGAGGGGCCAAAAAGCGUGAUAGAAAUAAGAUAUGUACCUAUAUUGGAAGUAGGUUUGUAAAAGAAGAGAAUAGUAUCGGAUCGCACGAUUGUAAUAGCCAAGAGUGAACGCAAAUUUAUGAUCUUUAAUGUUAUUAUCCUUGAAGUUUUUUCGUAAUGGCACGAUUGAACUAUCGUAGAUAUAGAAUUUUCAACUUACCACAAUUCGACGCUCUCCUCAUUCUUAUACGCGCGAUCCGAUAUUUAAUCGCGUGAAGCGAAUAGUCUUUCCAUCGACGACGAUACAGGCCUUUUCCUAAGCGAUGCAAAAUCUUGACCAAAAAUUGAGAUAACAAAUGAAUUAUACAUAUAUUAGCGCGUUUCUCCGCAUACGUACAAAUUAUUACGCUUCAUUCGAGUUACGAUAACAUAUAAGAAUUUAUUAUUAUUAUUAUUAUUAUUAUUAUUAUUAUUAUUAUUAUUAUUAUUAUUAUUAUAAUUAUUAUUAUUACUAUUAUUAUUACUACUACUACUAUUAAUAUUACUAUUGUAAUCCAAAAAAUCGAUAAAAUUGUUGGUUAAAGUUAAAAAAGAAAGAAAAAAAGAAAAGUGAAAGAUAUUCCAUCUUCACCGAAUGAUAUCGUGGUUAUAGAAAAGCUUCAAAUAAAAUAAUACUCGACCAAUAAUGUUAAAUUUAAAAAUAAGCACAUUUACGUAAAAUAUAGGAGUAACGUAUAUCACUUGGGUAAUCAUUUUGCUAAUAUUUGACCACCGCAAAUUGACUUUAGUAAAUGACGUUUGUUAUCGACGUCGCCAGGAUGGCUUGUUUCGGCACAUAUAUCGAGCAUUGAAAUUGAUAUAUCUACAUUUCUUCUGUAUUUAAUUUCUUCGGUACAAUCCGAAACGAAAAAUGUACAUAAUCUUUUAUUUCAGCACCGUAUCUGUUUGAUGUGAUGUGAUUAAUCAAAAAUACGUCGAAAGAAAAUAAUAUAUUAUCCAAAAAUCGUGUAUAAUUAGCCCUGUAUUCUCUAUAAUUCUACAGAGAAAUAAAAAUACUCGAUUAGUUACCAAUUGGAUUCCCA